CGCUAGUUUACGAAGAGUCGGUCAGCUUCAUUCGUUUCCGAAAAGUGCUUCCAAUUCCUGGUAAGGUUCCUGGUCGGUAGCACGGUGCUCGGUGGCAAAAUUAUAAACUCAUCAUCGUCCUCCUCUCUGGGUCACAGCGCUCAACGAGAAUUCAAAGAUGUUUAUGCCCAAGGCUCAUCGGGUUGCCAUCUACGAGCACCUCUUCAAGGAGGGUGUGCUGGUGGCAGAGAAGAACUUCUACGCUCCGAAGCACCCGGAGCUGGACACCAUCCCCAACCUGCACGUCAUUAAGACGAUGCAGUCGCUGAAGUCGAAGAAUUUCGUGAAGGAGCAGUUCGCUUGGCGCCACUACUACUGGUACCUCACCAACGAGGGUAUCGAAUACUUGCGCGCCUACCUGCACCUGCCGUCGGAGAUUGUGCCGUCGACACUGAAGCGCGCCGCCCGUUCCGAACCGCAACGCGCCCGUCCCCAGGCCGGUCCGCGUCCGGAUGGACCGAAGGGUGGCGGAGACCGUCAGGCGUACCGGCGCACCCAGCAGGCAAACCGGGGUGACAAAAAGGGAGACGUCGGUGCCGGCACUGGUGACCUGGAGUUCCGUGGUGGAUUUGGCCGAGGAAACCGCAUGUAAGACGAUACGCGUUUAGAUGAAACCGCAGACGUUCCAAUUUUGAAGUGAGGUGCGUCCAAUUGACCCCUUUGCGUCCGUGCAGUUCCACUUGUUGCGGUGGGAGUCGAUG